AUUUAUGUUAUCGGCAUAUACUAUUACUAGGUAUCUCAUCUCGCUACUGUCACUGCAACCGUGCAUCUUAAGUUAGAACGACACAAAAAGCACACAAACACAUUGUUGAAUCUUAAACACUAGAAUUCAAUUCAAUCAACCAUUAUUGUAAAGUUUGAGUUUUUAGUUCAAAGAUCUGAGCUUUGUUCAUGGAUAGUUCAGAGAAGGUUGUUGCUGUGAUUAUGGUGGGUGGACCCACCAAAGGAACUAGAUUUCGACCUCUUUCUUUCAAUACUCCAAAACCCCUUUUCCCUUUGGCUGGACAGCCAAUGGUUCAUCAUCCUAUUUCUGCUUGUAAAAGGAUACCCAAUUUAGCUCAAAUAUAUCUUAUUGGAUUCCAUGAGGAGCGAGAAUUCGCUCUAUACGUCUCUUCAAUUUCAAACGAGCUGAAAUUGCCAGUAAGAUAUUUGAAGGAGGAUAAACCACAUGGCUCAGCAGGUGGCCUUUACUACUUCAGAGAUAUAAUCAUGGAAGACAGUCCAUCGCAUAUCUUUCUGCUAAAUUGUGAUGUUUGCUGCAGUUUUCCAUUACCAUCCAUGCUUGAUGCUCAUAUUAAGUACGGUGGGAUGGGGACAAUGUUAGUAAUAAAGGUUUCAGCUGAAUCUGCUAACCAGUUUGGCGAGUUGGUUGCUGAUCCAGACACUCAUGAAUUGCUGCAUUAUACUGAGAAACCCGAGACAUUUGUUAGUGAUUUGAUAAAUUGCGGUGUAUACAUUUUCACACCUGAUAUUUUUAAUGCCAUCGAGGAUGUAUCUACGAACCGAGAAGGACGAGCUAAUCUACGACGUCUUUCCAGCUUUGAAGCUCUCCAAUCUGCGACCAGGACUCUUCCUAAAGAUUUUGUAAGACUGGAUCAAGAUAUACUAUCACCUCUAGCUGGAAAGAAGAAGUUGUAUACAUAUGAGACAAAUGAUUUCUGGGAGCAAAUUAAAACUCCGGGCCUGUCUUUGAAAUGCUCGGAGUUGUAUCUUGCUCAAUUUCGAUAUACUUCCCCGCAUCUUUUGGCCAGCGGAGAUGGUGAAAAGAAUGCUAAAAUUGUUGGUGAUGUAUAUAUUCAUCCGUCUGCCAAAGUUCAUCCAUCUGCAAAGAUUGGUCCAAAUGUUUCUAUCUCAGCAAAUGUUCGUGUUGGUGCUGGUGUCAGGUUAAUCGGUUGUAUAGUAUUGGACGAUGUUGAAAUUAAGGAAAAUGCUGUAGUCAUAAAUUCUAUUGUUGGAUGGAAGUCGUCGCUCGGAAGAUGGUCACGUGUACAGGCUGAUGGUGAUUACAAUGCAAAGCUUGGCAUAACCAUCCUAGGUGAAGCUGUGACAGUGGAAGAUGAAGUAGUGGUGGUCAACAGCAUUGUUCUUCCUCACAAGAUUCUUAAUGUCAGUGUGCAAGAUGAAAUCAUCUUAUAAAUCCUUAGAGAUGAGAUUUAUACUCAUCAAAAGAGGCUUGUAGUAUAUUGAUAUUCUCAUUUCCAUCUCGAAUUUUGCUUCUUCUAGAAAUGAUAAAUUAAAGUUCGAGUCUAAGUAGAGGGAAAACAAUCACUUCUAAAUCUAAUACACCAUCACACAAUGUAUCAUUUCACUAUCCUUCUUGUUUUGUUUAAUGUCCAAAAAUGAACCAAUAAAGUCAAUUAUUAGUGCAAAUCAAACUCUUUUUGGUGAGUUCAGUGCUUGCUUAUGCUGCCAUUUCAAUAGUCAUGAAUCCUACUACCCACACCCGUUUUGUUUAAGGUGCAAAUCAAACUCUUUUU